UUGUCAAUCUGUCAAAACUGUCACUACGGGUCGGAACGUCGGAACACGCCGAAGAUAACCAGUAAAUAGUGCAAAAACCUUCUGCUCUGUUAAUACGCGCCGGUCGCAUGUGCAUGUGUGUGUCGGUUGUAAUUUGUUUCCAUUGUUCACCUGCAGACCACCGAGCGUCGAGCGCAAACCGCCAGGUGGCUCAUUACACAGACAAAACAUACCUUCACCAGCUACGAUCGUCCAGCUCAAGCCUCGGUUACGAUCGUGUCAAAGUUAGAGACUCGUACGGUAGCCGCCCGGUGGCGACGGAUUACAGUUGGCGGCAGUCCAGCAGUAGUGAGGCACGGUCGGUGGGUCGUCGAUCCGCUGGUGGCCACCCCCAUGUUCCGCCAUACCGGCCGGCCGGGCGUGACGUGACGGCGGCACUCGAGGCCUCGAGGCAACGGCGCGGCUACUACCAUGACCUGAUGAAGGCAAAAAGCGUCAGCGAGUAUCGGCAGAUGAUGCGCGAUCGGGUGCAGCAGGAGCUGCGCCAGUCACCGACCGUUCCGGAAGCACCGAGUCAGGGCUUGUCGACGACGACGGGACGGGACUGGGCGCGCCGCCGGCCCAGUCCGACGGUGGGCGAGCAUCGGGAAGAGUACGGCAGUGGUGCAUCGCAGACCCGGAUCGUGCAAGGUUCCAUGAUCGAGUGCACCUCGACGCGGGAAGACUCGAGGACGGUGCGUGACGUGACGAGACACAGCGGCGUUACCCGGUUGGCAUCGCCACGGCCCGGUACCACGGAUGGACCGCCGCCGGCCACCGAGUCACUCGCCGCCGCCACCGCCGAAGCGGCCGGUGGCAAGCGGUCCCAAACCUUCCCGUACCACUACCGCAUGGACACGUUCUCGACGCCGCAGCGGUACGACAGUUUGGGCUCGCUGCAGAUGUACCAGCCGAUCGUGCAGACGGUGCUGCGCGAUCGGAUGGUGAAGCGGGGCUCCAACCUGCUGCUGGUGUGCUCGUUCUGGGGCGUCAACUGUGCGGUCGAGUGGGUGCACAACUUCGUGAAGAUCGGCAACAGUGCCAAGUACCGGGUGUCGCGCCACCAGGGCAUGAGCCUGCUGGAGAUCUACGACAUCACGCACCACGAGGCCGGCAUGUACAAGUGCGUGGUGCGGAACGACUGCGGCGAGGACGUCACCAACUGCUGCAUCCUCGUGCUCGACCACAUCCGGCUGUCGUCGACGAAGCACACGCGCCCGGAGCGCCGCUCGCUGGCGAGGCGCUUCUAGGCACGGGGGGCCACUGUAUUGUUCACUCAUUCGUGCAUCAUUCAUUUAGUCGGAAGCUCAUCCUCGAUCCCCGUCGGCUGCCGUGCCGCGUUACGGGUCUCCAUUUAGUUCGUACACGGGGUGUUUCGAUGUUUUGCGAUGUUAUUCGAUGUUAUGUGCGAAACGCGAACCCUGUUGCUUGUUUUACUACCCUUUUUAGUCUAUUUGUUGCGUGUUUCCGUGUUUCUGUGUGUGUGUGUGUUAUACAUGACUGCGAACUGCGGGCUGCGGCGGCGGACCUGAGUCGGUGGGGCUGGGCCACUGUGUCCUGUGUGGCCAUGUUCGCUA